AUGGCCGAGGAGUUCAAGGCCUGCCUCAUCAGCCUGGGCUACGAUGUGGAGAACGACAAGCAGGGCGAUGCUGAGUUCUCGCGGAUCAUGGGGAUCGUUGACCCCAACAACAGCGGCGCCGUGACCUUUCAGGCCUUUAUCGACUUCAUGUCCCGCGAAACCACAGACACCGACACCGCCGACCAAGUCAUCGCCUCCUUCAGGAUCUUGGCCGGGGACAAGGCCUUCAUCACUGCAGACGAGCUGAGGCGGGAGCUCCCCCCAGACCAGGCGGAGUACUGCAUAGCUCGCAUGGCCCCCUACAGUGGCCCCGAUGCCCCGCCUGAGGCCCUCGACUACAUGUCCUUCUCCACAGCUCUGUACGGAGAGAGCGACCUGUGA